AUGAUACAGCCGAUACUUCAGCUCCGAGGUACACCUCAGCCUACACCCCAGCUCACAUCUACACCUCAGCUCCCAGUACACUCCAGCUCCCAGCCUACACCCCAUCUCCCAGCCUACACCUCAUCUCCCAGCCUACACCCCAGCUCCCAGCCUACACCACAGCUCCCAGCCUACAUCCCAGCUCCCACCUACACCCCAGCUCCCAGCCUACACCCCAGCUCCCAGCCUACACCCCAGCUCCCAGCCUACACCCCAGCUCCCAGCCUACACCCCAGCUCCCAGCCUACACCCCAGCUCCCAGCCUACACCACAGCUCCCAGCCAACAUCCCAGCUCCCAGCCUACACCCCAGCUCCCAGCCUACACCCCAGCUCCCACCUACACCCCAGCUCCCAGCCUACACCCCAGCUCCCAGCCUACACCCCAGCUCCCAGCCUACACCCCAGCUCCCAGCCUACACCACAGCUCCCAGCCUACACCCCAGCUCCCAGCCUACACCCCAGCUCCCAGCCUACACCGCAGCUCCCAGCCUACAUCCCAGCUCCCAGCCUACACCCCAGCUCCCAGCCUACACCACAGUUCUCAGCCUACAUCCCAGCUCCCAGCCUACACGUCAGCUCCCAGCCUACACCCCAGCUCCCAGCCUACACCACAGCUCCCAGCCUACACCCCAGCCUACACCCCAUCUUCCAGCCUACAACCCAGCCUACACCCCAGCUCCCAGCCUACAUCCCAGCUCCCAGCCUACACCCCAGCUCCCAACCUACACCCCAGCUCCCAGCCUACAUCCCAGCUCCCAGCCUACAUCCCAGCUCCCAGCCUACACCCCAGCUCCCAGCCUACACCACAGCUCCCAGCCUACACCCCAGCUCCCAGCCUACACCACAGCUCUCAGCCUACAUCCCAGCUCCCAGCCUACCCGCCAGCUCCCAGCCUACACCACAGCUCCCAGCCUACAUCCCAGCUCCCAGCCUACACCCCAGCUCCCAGCCUACACCACAGCUCCCAGCCUACACCCCAGCCUACACCCCAUCUUCCAGCCUACAACCCAGCCUACACCCCAGCUCCCAGCCUACACCCCAGCUCCCAACCUACACCGCAGCUCCCAGCCUACAUCCCAGCUCCCAGCCUACACGCCAGCUCCCAGCCUACACCACAGCUCCCAGCCUACACCCCAGCUCCCAGCCUACAUCCCAGCUCCCAGCCUACACCACAGCUCCCAGCCUACACCCCAGCCUACACCCCAUCUUCCAGCCUACAACCCAGCCUACACCCCAGCUCCCAGCCUACACCCCAGCUCCCAACCUACACCGCAGCUCCCAGCCUACAUCCCAGCUCCCAGCCUACACCCCAGCUCCCAGCCUACACCACAGCUCCCAGCCUACACCCCAGCUCCCAGCCUACAUCCCAGCUCCCAGCCUACACCCCAGCUCCCAGCCUACACCACAGCUCCCAGCCUACACCCCAGCUCCCAGCCUACAUCCCAGCUCCCAGCCUACACCCCAGCUCCCAGCCUACACCACAGCUCCCAGCCUACAUCCCAGCUCCCAGCCUACACCCCAGCUCCCAGCCUACACCACAGCUCCCAGCCUACACCCCAGCUCCCAGCCCACACCCCAGCUCCCAGCCUACAUCCCAGCUCCCAGCCUACACCCCAGCUCCCAGCCUACAUCCCAGCUCCCAGCCUACACCACAGCUCCCAGCCUACACCCCAGCCUACACCCCAUCUUCCAGCCUACAACCCAGCCUACACCCCAGCUCCCAGCCUACACCCCAGCUCCCAACCUACACCCCAGCUCCCAGCCUACACCCCAGCUCCCAGCCUACACCCCAGCUCCCAGCCUACACGCCAGCUCCCAGCCUACAACCCCAGCUCCCAGCCUACACCCCAACCUACACCCCAGCCCACACCCCAGCCUACACCCCAGCCUACACCCCAUCUUCCAGCCUACAACCCAGCCUACACCCCAGCUCCCAGCCUACACCCCAGCUCCCAACCUACACCCCAGCUCCCAGCCUACAUCCCACUCCCAGCCUACACCCCAGCUCCCAGCCAAUACCCCAUCUCCCAGCCAACACCCCAGCUCCUAGUCUACACUCCAGCUCCCAGCCUAUACCCCAGCUCCCAGCCUACACCCCCAGCUCGAAGCGUACACCCCAGCUCCCAGCCUACACCCCAGCUCCUAGUCUACACUCCAGCUCCCAGCCUAUACCCCAGCUCCCAGCCUACACCCCCAGCUCCCAGCGUACACCCCAGCUCCCAGCCUACACCCCAGCUCCUAGUCUACACUCCAGCUCCCAGCCUAUACCCCAGCUCCCAGCCUGCACCCCAGCUCCCAGCCUACACCCCAGCUCCCAGCCUACAACCCAGCCUACACCCCAGCUCCCAGCCUACACCCGAUCUCCCAGUCAACACCCCAGCUCCCAGACUACACCCCAGCUCCCAGCCUACACCCCAGCUCCCAGCCUACAUCCCAGCUCCCAGCUAUCAGCCUACACCCCAGCUCCCAACCUACACUCCAGCUCCAAACCUACACCCCAGCUCCCAGUCUACACCCCAGCUCCCAACCUACAACCCAGCUCCCAGCUAUCAGCCUACACCCCAGCUCCCAACCUACACCCCAGCUCCCAGUCUACACCCCAGCUCCCAACCUACACCCCAGCUCCCACCUACACCCCAGCCUACACCCCAGCUCCCAGCUAUCAGCCUACAGCCCAGCUCCAAACCUACACCCCAGCUUCCACUGGCCAAUGUGGAAAAAAAAAAAAACAAAAAAAAACAACAACAACUCUUUUAGCCAUUAAAUUACAAACACUGAUUCAGGAAGCUUGGGGAAAAAAUGAAAACAUCCCUUAA